AUGCCCCACCUAACAGUUUCCCUCCUACGUCACCCGCACCUACACUCACUAACGCUGCUCCCGGAACAUCUUCCACCUCACGGCCGCUCCCCCGCAACAACAUACCUCAUGUCUGGAAAUCCAAUACCGAACCUGCUCUCACUCCGCGGAGCGAGAGGUGGCCGGGUUGGUCGCGGGCGCGGAAGAGGUCCCGGCGGCGGCCCCUCAUUCUCGGGCCCGACUCACGAUCAGACGAUUCAAGGAACUGACGAUGACGCUGCCGGCUCACGUUUGAGUUCUGUCAAUGUGGGAUAUCUCGCCGACCCAUACGCACACUUCUUUGUCGAUAACAUCAAUGGACCCCCUCCAAGGAGACUCCCCAUCAUCAAUCGAGGCACUUAUACGAGGACCGUUGCUCUCGAUAAUCUCAUUGACAGCUUCUUGGACGAGUCUGACAGUGCGCAACCCGGUUCAAAUGAGAGACAAAUUAUUUCACUAGGCGCUGGCACCGACACACGCCCAUUCCGUCUCUUUUCCAGGGCAAAAAGGCCUCAGCUGGUCUACCAUGAGAUAGACUUCUCAGUCACAGUUCGCAAGAAGGCACGUAUAGUGCAAGCAGCCCCUCCAUUGCGAAACAUCCUCGGAGUCCCCUCGGUCGAGGAAGACGGUUCAUGGAGCUGUCAGCCAUCCGCGUCAGACAAAUACUAUUGUCAUGCACGGGAUCUCCGAGAAAUGGUGCAAGACGGCGCAACACCUCUUGCGGGUAUCAGAACAGACAUUCCUACUCUACUCAUCUCAGAAUGCUGCCUCUGCUACCUAGAGACAUCUAUAACGAAGCAAGUUGUAUCUUUGUUUGAGCAAAAGAUUCCGAAUAUCGCCAUUGUGGUGUACGAACCAAUCCGGCCUGACGACCCUUUCGGCAAAAUGAUGACCUCCAACCUCGCAGCAAGGAGAAUACACAUGCCUACUCUGGAGAAUUACAAGCUGCCGCAGGAUCAGACGCAGCGUCUCCGCGAUGCAGGCUUCGAACACGCCAAGGCGCUGACCGUGGAACGGAUUUGGGAAAGCUGGGUGUCAAGUGAGGAAAAGGAGAGAGUGGACCGUUUAGAGGGCCUCGACGAAGUGGAGGAGUGGAAGCUGUUGGCUGACCACUACGUUAUCGCAUGGGGAUGGAGAGGCGCCGGAUUUACGAUGGAAAAUGCCGACGGGGAGCUGUGA